CAUGCGCAGUGACAAAACAACUCAACGCUUGCAGAGCAGAAUGGAUGCGCUGGUUGUGAUGCUACGUUCAAAGACUCGAUAGACAGCAACUUCUCCUCCUGACACAAGCUCGAAAUGGGAAAAGGCUGCAAAGUGGUGGUGUGUGGCCAGGCAGCAGUGGGGAAAACGGCCAUACUGGAACAGCUGCUGUACGGAAAUCACUCUGUAGGUUCUGAAUCCAGCGAGACCCAGGAGGACGUGUACGUGGCCUCGGUGGAAACGGACCGCGGCGUGAAGGAACAGCUGAGGCUGUACGACACCAAGGGCCUCCACGAUGGGCAAGACAUCCCCAAGCACUACUACUCCGUGGCCGACGGCUUCGUGCUCGUCUACAGCGUCGACAGCUCCGAGUCGUUCAAGAAGGUGGACGUCCUGAAGAAGGAAAUAGACAAGUCCAGAGAUAAGAAAGAGGUGAUGGUCAUCGUGCUGGGCAACAAGACGGACCUGCGUGAGCAGCGCCAGGUGGAUCAGGAGGCGGCGCAGCAGUGGGCGCGAGGCGAGAAGGUGAAGCUGUGGGAGGUGAGCGUCACCGAACGCAACUCCCUCAUCGAGCCCUUCACCCAGCUGACCAGCCGCCUCACGCAGCCGCAGAGCAAGUCGGCCUUCCCUCUGCCCGGACGCAAGAGCAAAGGCACCCCGUCCAAUGACAUCUGAAGAACACUCACACUCACACUCUCUCUCUCUCUCUUUCAAGCUAAACGUACUUUAAGGGGUUCUGGUAAACAUUUGAAGGAUUGGAGAUAUAUUUUUUUCUUUCGGAGAAUUGAUAUGAAACUGGGUCUCCUAGCUUGGCGUAAAGACCGGAAGCAGGGGGAGACGAGCCCGGUACUUUAAAAGGAGAAAAGUAGACGCUACUCGUUUGGAAUUGAAAAAAACAUUUUCAAUUAAAGGGGAAGUUCUUAUCUCGAGUUUCCUGGCAAAACCACCCGGGUGCAGCUUCAGUGAAGGUCUCAGCCCGUCCUGUCUUUACAGACAUAAAUGUUUUACACUCCUUUGGUUUAAAAAAAUCAGACACGUGUGAGUUGUUUUUUGUUAAUGGUCGUCAUUGGCCAGCUGCUUCUCCGCUUCCAGUCUUUAUGCUAAGCUAGGCUAACCAUGUUCUGACUUCACUCUACACAUGACAUAUGUUGAGGUAUUCUCGUUCUCUUUUAUAGGAGAACACAUGAGGCAUGCUUCCCAAUGAGUUUAAUAACGGUACAAUGGUUUCUGUUCAAUGUUUGUCAUCAGUGAUUUUCUAUAAUUUAAGAUAAACAAACACGUAGCAGUUCAGUACCAAAGAUUUGAGACAAAUAAUGUGGAUUUAACAUUUUUAUUCUCACUUUCACCGCUCCAACUUUAAAAAGAUGGGCGUUUAGAUGUGUUUAUACGAUGCGUUGAAGGAGUCAUCGGCCGCUGUCCUCGUCCCUCUCCCGUCCACCCAGAAGAGAUCUGUCUGGAGCUGCUACAGGUGGAAGGGUUCCAGCAGCCGGUCACUCCUUCAACAAACCUGCAUGAGUUGAGGAAUCUGAACCGGUCCCUGGAAGCUGUGGCACCAAACUCUUUGAAAAAGCAGAAGUCCGAUGGCAUCUCUUGUUUUUAAAUGUCCUUUUUUUUGAUAAUGAACGAAGCACGAAUCCUCGUCUCCGGGCGGGACUCGAGCUCGCCUCACGCAAUAACAAACGCCUUCGCUCCUUGUCGACGUUCAUGUCCGUCCGGCCUCCGUUGGGCUCCGGUGCCGUCGAGCCCGUUUAAUGACGAGUCUUAACAGCAGCAAAGUCUAGUGUCGAGAGCAAAUAUUUAUUUUUUAUAAACUAAUUUAUUUUUGGCACUUUAAUGAGCCACGUUCCGCGACUUCUGACGAUGGUUAAACCGAUGUGAAGGACGACCCGCUGCGUGUCCUCAAUGUCUCAAAGUAAUAACAUUUAAUGUGCUGCUAGUAGAACGGAGUCACUGGGACUGUAACCAUGUAACCAUGUAACCAUGUAAACCCCCCCCCCCGGCUUAUUCUCUGCUCUGUAACCAUCUUGAAUAUGCACUGAAUAAAAUGUUGCCUCUUCAUACAUCUCAUCUUGGCAUAUCUUUUCUCUUUGGUGACUUUUUUUUAUUUUUUUUAAAGAUCACAAAAUCAAACCAAGUCGGACGCUUCAGUUGAUCAUGUUUAAUUUUUAAGGGGAGAAACAGAACAUUUUAUUUAAUCGUUUUUAAUCCGUACAUAAAACAAAUCACAACCAAUAUCCAUCCAUAUCUAAGCACGUCUACAUGUGGGGGAAAAAAAACACCUUUUCAAAGAGAAGUUUGGGGGCGGGGCAAGCAAACACCGACUGCAACCUAAAACGCGCGGGAGAAUUUACGCCGACUGGGAGUCACGCUGCAGUAUUAAUGUCCAUCUUCAAAAGCACAAGCUACUAAUAA